GUAGAUAUCAACGAGUGCUUGGAGGACCGGAAUGUCUGCCAAAGAGGAGACUGCAUUAACACUGAAGGAUCAUAUGACUGCACAUGUCCGGAUGGAUUCCAGCUAAAUGACAAUAGGGGAUGUCAAGAUAUCAACGAAUGUGAACAGCCGGGGCUCUGUGGUCCUCAUGGGGAAUGUCUAAACACAGACGGGUCUUUCCAUUGUGUCUGCGAACAGGGUUUCUCUAUCUCUACAGACGGCCGCACAUGUGAAGAUAUUGAUGAAUGUGUAAACAACACUGUUUGUGACAGUCACGGGUUUUGUGACAAUACAGCUGGCUCCUUCCGCUGCCUCUGUUAUCAGGGUUUCCAAGCCCCACGGGAUGGGCAAGGGUGUGUGGAUGUGAACGAGUGUGAGCUGCUCAGUGGAGUGUGUGGCGAAGCCUUCUGUGAAAACGUGGAGGGGUCCUUCCUGUGCGUGUGUGUGGAUGAGAGCCAGGAGUAUAGUCCCAUGACGGGGCAGUGUCGUGCCCGGGCCUCCCCAGAUUCAGAUCAACCCAGAGAAGAAAAGAAAGAAUGCUACUAUAAUCUCAAUGAUGCCAGUCUCUGUGACAACGUGCUGGCCCCCAACGUGACCAAGCAGGAGUGUUGCUGUACUUCCGGUGCUGGGUGGGGGGAUAACUGCGAGAUCUUCCCAUGCCCGGUCUUGGGCACUGCGGAGUUCACUAAAAUGUGUCCUAGAGGAAAAGGCUUUGUACCCACCGGAGAAUCCUCCUACGACAUUGCUGGCGAGAACUAUAAAGAUGCCGAUGAAUGCCUACUUUUUGGGCAAGAAAUCUGCAAAAAUGGUUUCUGUUUGAACACUCAGCCUGGUUAUGAAUGCUACUGUAAGCAAGGGACAUACUAUGAUCCUGUCAAAUUGCAGUGCUUUGAUAUGGAUGAAUGUCAAGACCCCAACAGUUGUAUUGACGGCCAGUGUAUUAAUACAGAAGGCUCUUAUAACUGCUUCUGUACCCAUCCCAUGGUCCUGGAUGCUUCUGAAAAGAGAUGCAUACGACCGGCUGAGUCCAAUGAACAAAUAGAGGAAACCGAUGUCUACCAGGAUCUGUGCUGGGAACAUCUGAGCGAUGAGUACGUGUGUAGCCGGCCCCUUGUGGGCAAGCAGACCACCUACACUGAGUGCUGCUGCUUGUACGGAGAGGCCUGGGGCAUGCAGUGUGCCCUCUGCCCCAUGAAGGACUCAGAUGACUACGCGCAGCUGUGCAAUAUCCCCGUGACGGGACGUCGGCGACCGUAUGGACGGGAUGCCCUGGUGGACUUCAGCGAACAGUACGCACCAGAAGCUGAUCCCUACUUCAUCCAAGACCGCUUUUUGAAUAGCUUUGAGGAGUUACAGGCCGAGGAGUGUGGCAUCCUCAACGGGUGUGAGAACGGGCGCUGUGUGCGGGUCCAGGAGGGUUACACCUGUGACUGCUUUGACGGGUACCACCUGGACAUGGCCAAGAUGACCUGUGUUGAUGUGAAUGAAUGUGGCGAGCUGAACAACCGAAUGUCUCUCUGCAAGAACGCCAAGUGCAUCAACACCGAAGGAUCCUACAAGUGUUUGUGUCUGCCGGGCUACGUCCCUUCUGACAAGCCGAACUACUGCACUCCGCUGAACACCGCCUUGAAUUUAGAGAAAGACAGUGACCUGGAGUGAAGGAGAAGCCACGUCACCUAAGCCCAUAUACUCUGCACUGUGUAAAGGAAAAGGGAGAAAUGUAUUAUACUUGAGACAUUGCACCUACCGGAGUGUUGGAAAUACAGAAACAGCACAGGGCUUCAUGUCCUCUGAAGACACCAGGAAGAUUUGGGAUGAGCCCGACAGGUGUGGCAGACCAAACAGACAUUUCUCUAAAAAUCCGGUAUAUAUAGUCUGUUCAUAUGUAAAAUUCAGUGGGUGGGGAAGAGGCGGAACAGUGCUGUUAUUUUAAAAAAGAAAGUUGUAUUAUUAUGUCGUUUUGUUUUUUUUACUAUUGCUUUUGAUUAAAUUUGGCAUUGAAAUAGUGGUGGAAA